CCCACCAUUAGCACCAUGCUUCUGGGGAUCCUCGUGGUGCUCUGCUUCAUCCCCACUGCUGAUGUAACAGAAAACAAGAUUUUAGUGGCUCAGCGUCCUUUGCUCAUUGUAGCUAACAAAACUGCAACUCUAGUCUGCAACUACACGUACAAUGGAACAGGGAAGGAAUUUCGAGCUUCGCUGCACAAAGGAACAGACAGUGCAGUUGAAGUUUGCUUUAUUUCAUGGAACACGACCAAAAUUAGCAGUAAUUCAAAUAAAGAAUUCAACUGCCAGGGGAUUCACGAUAAAGACAAAGUCAUCUUCAACCUCUGGAAUAUGAGCGCCAGCCAAACUGACAUCUACUUCUGCAAAAUUGAGGCCAUGUAUCCACCCCCAUAUGUCUACAAUGAGAAGAGCAACGGGACCGUCAUUCACGUGAAAGAGACACCCACUCAGUCUGCAAUUCCUUUGUGGAUUAUGGUGGCAGUGACAGGAGUUCUUGCAUUCUACAGUAUGCUAAUAACUGCAGUUUUUAUUAGCUACUGGCAAAAAUCCAGAAAGAAUAUGUACCAUCAGAGCGACUACAUGAACAUGACUCCCCGGCAUCCACCGUACCAAAAGAACAAGGGUUACCCAUCUUAUGCACCAACACGAGACUACACUGCAUAUCGGUCCUGGCAGCCAUGA